AUGCUCGCCGAUCGAGACCCCAACGCCAGCGGGCGCACCAGCAGGGCGUCUAACCUGUCUGCAAGGUCCCGAGCCACCUAUCGACAACAGGGCGGCCCGGACAAGCAGGAUCUUCUGACAUCUGCUCCUGGCGUCAUGUCCAUGCUGCGUACCUCGACGGAAAUGGGCGACAUCGUCGGCCUCACCGGAGACCUUUCUGGUAUGGGCAACGUGCCUCGAGCUCCGCAGCGCCGUGGCGCCAGUAGCAGGCCUUCCACCGCGUCUUCGAUGUCGGGCGCUUCCAGCCGUGCAAGCAGGCACCAUCGACAGUGGCCCUCGUCUUCCUCGGCACCACGGCACCCCUCGACACGAGAGCCCUCUGGUCCGCCGUACGUUGCUGACACCCUCUCACCUACGCUGAUGAACCUUCCCGGGUCGUCGCCUCUCAUCCCAACGCGCCAUCGGAGCAGUCGCAACAACCGGGACAGUCAACGCUCCUUCUCCAUGACCAACAGCACUCAGCCGGCGUUCAGACUGUCGAGCAACCGAUCGCUGGGUAGCUUGCGCAGCCACGAAUACGCUCAGCGUCCAAAGUCGCCCUACAUCUACCCCACUCGACUUCGUCGUCCCUCGUACCGACCCGCAUCUCCCGCUCUGAGCGACAACACGGGCUCGCGUUCGCAACGCUCAGUCGGUCAGGGCAGUCAAGGCCAGAUCCCCCACCAUGGACGAAUGAGGCUGAGGAUCCCGUCCGACACAAGCCUUGGAUAUCAGGACAGGGUGCCUGGCAUGCCCCGUCGUCCGAGCCGUGGUCACCCCUCUGCAUAUUCCAACGGGUUUCAGGGCGACCUACCUCCAGUGCCGCCCCUGUUCCACCCUCGCGUGCCUCUCGAGCGGCCUCGUGCGGUCCACAGAUCCAUCAAAGGCUCCUUCUCCAGUGGUUCGACAAGCAUGCGCAAUGAUCCCGACACUCCUUCGUCUGACUUGCCGUCGCCCCCUACGCCUCGGGAUGGGUCGUCUUUGGAGGUGAUCCUCGGCUCAACAGGUGCUCAGGUGCUUGUCGCUUCCAGCACUGCAGUCGUCUCGAAAGAGGAAGUCACCAACCAUCCGCUUUACUACGACUAUAGUGAGCAAUUCGAAGGCGAACAGAUCCCAGAACCGGAAGUCAACCCUAUCCACACUGACUUCGUCAACAGCAUCAAGACCAUAUACGAGGAACGUGGUUCUUCCCAGUCACCUUCCGCCCCAGCAUCGGGAGCCACACGCAUGUCGGAUACUGCUAUUCCAGGCAUUGUGGAACUUCCCGCAUCUCCUGUUGUUCGACGUAUCACCAGGGAUUUGAUCCUACGAGCGUUGGAGCCCGCUUCCACUACAGGAGAUGUCGACGGUACUGCAGAAGCUCCUACUAGUGGUGACGACGAGGGGCUUACGCAGUAUGCGGUGCCGCAUGGUACGGCCACUUCUACGCACGUGGAAUCGAAUGUGUGCGAUCAGGGCCUCAACAAGCGCUUCAGCAUCUUAUCCCAAGCCAACUCAAGCGUGGUGGACUCUUCGACACUCGAAUUUGCCGUUCGUUACUCCAUACCGAUUGUCACUGGAACCCAUGUCAGCUCUGACGUGCCUCCUGUACCUGACUGUGACUCGCCCUUGCCCCCAGAUAUGGCGCCCAGUACCGAUGUUGAUAUGUCGGACCUACUGGCUGGCUAUCAACACACCGAGUCCAGGCAUGAGGAUGAGAAUGCCACAAAAGAGGAAGAGAAAGAGCCGCGUGCUGAGGCUGGUGAAGGCCAAGCUGUUGAGAGCAAGAGCAGCCAUGCCCAGAAGUCGUCCGAUGGGCAGUCAUUCAAGUCUGCCACAGACGUUCUGGACUCUGAGCUACCUGAGAACGAACUAGAGGGUGACGAGGAGGAUGCAAAGUCCUAUAAAUCUGCCACCAAUCCAGCGAUUGAGAGGGAGUUCCCAGUCAAGGAGACAGAUGCCCAUUCGUUCAAGACUGCCCGGGACGACACAACGCCCGGUCGGUCCGUGUCGAUGCCGGCAUCGAAGCCUCCACCGGUUGUCUUCGCGGAUGUGCAGACACGGAGGCCCGCGUCUCAGAUACCUCUUUUGAGGCCGGCUCCAGCAGUGCUUCGAAAGUCACGCGUGCCUCCUCGUGAGUCGAGCUUUCCACCCACAAGCAAGUUCUGGGCAAGUUCCAAGCCAAGCGUCAAGCAAGAAUCGGUAUCGAUAUCGGGAUCCUCGUCCACUCUCAGUGUCAACCACCAACCACCUUCUGUACCACCACGGGAGUCAAGUACUUCCAAAGAGGCCCAGCGAUCGAUGGGAGUCGCGUCCUGGAUGCUCUUCAGACGUUGGGGAAAGAGGCCCAGCAAGGACGAAGGCUCGACCUUGACUGAGAGCAGUUCCCGAGAGACCCUGCAGGACCCUCGCCGCACCAACAGCGUAGCAUCGUCGCAACACUCUUUGGGUGAUACCAUUAAGACUCCGGAGAAGACAGUGUUCAAGGAGGUCAUUGUUCGUGCGAAAGAGACGGGAAAUUUGAAAGACUGCGCUCCACCACCAAUACACAAUGCGAGUGUCGCCCCUCCCUUGCAUCACCACUCGUUCAGCAGUCUUUCGCCUGUCAUCGCCGAACUGUCGUCCGUGUACUCCCCCCAGGACAGUUCUCUAAGAGUUCGCGUUCAGAGUUCUCCGGCUGGUGUUCCCAAGUCCGCAGAUGAUCGUCGAGACAGUCAGACAACUACGCACCUGAUAUGGCACGGUCGCAAAUCCCUCAACCUCAACAUCCCAGCCGCAAGCGUCAGCGAGCCACACCUUCCCAUGCCGACGUCGAGUGAAGACACUACUACCGAUCUCAGAUUGUCCCAAUAUAAGUAUCCCGGUGGACUGCACUAUCUUCCGGAUCUGAAAGAGGAGUCGCAUGAAGACUCGAGUCUUAACACUAGCGCUAGCAACUUGAAAAAUUCGAAUUUCCGGUUCCCCUUUGGUGUGCCGGUUGGCGUGCGUGCGUCAGUCGAUGAGGGUGCCCUGUUCUCAAGGCGGUCGUCCAUGGGUUCGUAUCGAAAGAGCGUUCUGGGUCCUACACACGGCUUGCCGUCAAUGAACUUCAGCCGCAUGAACUUGUUCGAAAAGCUCGAGGAAGAGCUCGGUCUACGCAACUCCCGUUCGUUGGACCACUUGGCGCUAGAUCUGCCGGCGCCUGUUGAAGGUACUCCGCAGCGACCGAUGUCCGCAGGCGAGAUGCGCGACAAGUACCGCAGUUUCUGUGACAAGCUGGAUCAAUUCAACACGCCCAAAGACGUUUCUAAGCGUGUGGAGGUGACGAAUUUGCUUCGGCGCGCGCUGUCCCCCGAGCUGUUGGCGGAGAUUGACCAAGUCACUGUGCCUUCAGUCACGGGUCUUACGGAGCGUCUCUCGGAAUUUCUGCCGUCAUUGAGGGAGUACUACAGGCUCGGCGAUCAGAGCGAGUUUGCUUGCGAGGAGAUGAUCAUGGACCAUGCCAUGGAGGACAUCCAUGAGGUGGGUGGGCCUGCGCAGAAGCGCUCGUCUGCUCGACUGCGACCAAUUGCUGGUUCCCCAAAUAUGGUAGUCAUCGAGGAUGCGCUGUAUGAGGAGCUCACUGGGAAAGAAAAGGAUGUUGAUGUUGCGGUCGCCCAGGGUGACGAGGGGGUUGAGCGCGCACACGGUGAAGCCCGCGCAAGUGAGAAGACCAAGGACAACAGCCCGACGCGGCCCAAAGCUCCCUUCGAGCUUGACGCGCCUUCGCCUGUUGCAACCCGCCACCGCGCCCUCACAACUGGUCACCAAAACCUGCGUGCAUCCGGCGAAUUGGGGUUGACGACGAGGUCCUUGAGAUCUUUUGCGUCAACACCCACACGAACUGACACCCGUCCUUGGAACUUGGAAAAGAACUACCCUUGGGCCACAUCAACUGUCCCCUCUGUUGAUAUCUCGCUGCCCCCGCCAACGGCAGUCAGACACUCUCCGCGCCCGGGCCCCUCCCACCUCCGCAACAACAUCUCCGACGCGUCUACCGUAAGCACUUUCACAACGCCAGUUGGCUCGCCCUUUGGUACCGAUUCUGGGUCCAGUGCUCACGCUCGACAGCUCCACCACUUCAGCGUCUUUGGGCGUAGUGGUGACCAGCCGCACGCAGUUGGCGAACGUUACCCGACUUCAGCUUUGACACCGCCUACGGCCAUUUUUCGAGACAACUUCUCUGCUUCUGACACGUCUGACGACGACACCGAGCUGCGUGUUGUACGCAAAGGCAAGUUCAGUCUCAAGAAGCGCUUCUCUUCUGCUCGCAACCCCACACUUGACGACAGCACUCGAGGAACAAAUAGCAAGUCGCUCACCGCGCCGAACGACCCUCUCGAGCUCACGUCACCCGUUUCAGCUCACCGCUCUGCAACAUCGAUUAUCCAGGACACUGCAGGUGAAGCAAGUGCUUUUACCUCGAACCGUCACACUUUCCGCGACGCUGAGGGUAUGCCAAAUGCCAUCUAUCACCGCCACCGCCUCCUCGACCAUCUCAAGCGUUUGUGGCACAAGGGAGGCGACCUGAUCCGAAGCUUCUCUCGCCGAUCGUCGACUACGGCGAACCGUUGCUGA